CCUCUCUGCCUGUCUUUCAUCUGAGGGGGGCGGAAGCCGCCUGUUGGGACCACGAUUAGAAGACAUGAACUCACUAGAGCAGGCCGAAGAUUUAAAAGCCUUUGAGAGAAGAUUGACGGAAUAUGUCUCCUGUCUGCAACCUGCCACAGGAAGGUGGAGAAUGAUUUUAAUAGUGGUGUCAGUUUGCACAGCCACGGGGGCAUGGAACUGGUUGAUAGACCCCGAUACGCAGAAGGUGUCUUUCUUUUCCUCGCUGUGGAAUCAUCCCUUCUUUACCAUCAGCUGCAUCACGCUCAUAGCACUUUUCUUUGCCGGGAUACACAAACGAGUCGUGGCGCCGUCAAUUAUUGCUGCUAGGUGUCGAACGGUUUUAGCAGAAUACAACAUGUCCUGUGACGACACGGGGAAGCUUAUCCUCAAACCACGGCCAAACAUUCAGUAACCGGACGUUUUCGAGCAUUAUCCGAAGAAGUGACGUUCACAGUGGACGGGGGAAGGAACGAGAGACAAGAAGGGACACGGCCCCGUUUGUAGCUGUGCUCGUGUUAAAGCUGCUGAAUUAAUCGUAACAGUACUUGUGUGUGUGUGUUUGUUUCUGAUGUUAAUCAUGUAUUUUAUGUAAAUGUUUCUAUUUUUUAAAACUAUUUACCAAAUAAAUAUUCCAGAGUCAAAACUGGCUGUCCAUAAACUAGCUAGCUAGCUAGCUAGCUAGCCACUUUGCUACCUUGACACACUUUUUUUUUUGCAUAAACCUCUGACUUUAUUCUUCUAAUAUUUUGACUUUAUCCCUGAAAAUUUAUGACUUUACUGUAAUAUUACAACUUUUUUUUGUGUACUAAAUUUAUAGUAUUAUUCUUGUCAUUGUUUUA